AUGGAGAUUCCACAUAAAUUUCAUGAUUGUGGGCUUUCCCUAGUUUUUCUUGUUUUACUUGCUAACUUGUCAACAUCUUCUUCGCUGUCUCAAGGAAAAAGCCUCCCAUACAUGACUUCAAACGUCGAAGAGAUAUCAGGCAAGUUUUUUGAUUACAUUAUUGUAGGAGGAGGUACUGCAGGUUGCCCCCUAGCAGCAACUCUUUCUGAGAAAUUUUCAGUGCUAGUGGUGGAAAGAGGAGGCUCACCCUAUGGAAAUAUCUUGAUAACAGAUAGGAAAUUCAUGGGUUUCCCACUGUUACAAACAGAUGAAUUUUCUUCAGUUGCUCAAAGCUUCAUAUCUAAAGAUGGAGUUCUCAACCAUAGAGGACGAGUUCUUGGAGGAUCAUCAGCAAUAAAUUUCGGGUUUUAUAGCAGAGCUAGUGAUAGUUUUGUUACAAGAGUGGGUUGGGAUAAAAAGUUGGUGAAAGAGGCUUACGAAUGGGUAGAAUCGAGAAUUAUUUCUAAACCCAUUCAACUGACCAGAUAUCAAUCUGCUCUCAAAUUUGGCUUUCUUGACGCAGGAAUUCGACCAUAUAAUGGGUUUACCUGGGAACAUAUAGAGGGAACAAAGAUCGGGGGAUCUUUGUUUGAUAACUAUGGAACAAGACACACAUCAGCUGAUCUUUUACAGGCAGGAAACCCAAAUAAUGUGCUAGUUCUCCUGAACGCAACUGUAAAGAGUGUUGUCUUCUCUGGUCAAGGAAAUGGGAUCAUAGUUGAUGGUAUUAGGUUCAUCAAGAGCGAUGGCAGCACAAAACAAACUUAUGAAGCUUACCUCAACCAGUCUGCCGCGAAUUCGAGUCAACGAGGUGAUGUUAUUCUGUCAGCAGGAGCAAUAGGUAGUCCUCAGAUCCUAAUGUUAAGUGGCAUUGGUCCAAAAAAUCAUCUUCAGAACUUGAAUCUCCCACUUGUGUUAGACUUGGAAAGGGUUGGACAGGAGAUGAAAGAUAAUCCGAGCAUAGACGACGCAACCAACACAAAGCUUCAAUUUUCGGAUGCUGUACAAGUUGCAGGCAUAGUGAAUGAAGACUUCAGAUUCAUAGUGGAGGGAAUAAUCGUACCAAGUAGUUUCAAUGCAUCGGUGGUGUCAAUUGCAAUCAAGAAUGCAUUCCCGGAAUCAAAAGGAAAGCUAGAAUUGAAAAAUACAGACCCUAGGCAAAACCCUUUAGUGGAAUUCAAUUAUCUAGAAACGGAAAAUGAUUUGGAGAAAUGUGUCGAGAUGGUUCAAUUGCUUGAGAGAAUAGCAAGUUCGAAGUCCAUUACAUGGUUCAGGGGGCUGGACCUCAAAACAAUGUUUCAACUUCUAAUCCUAGCAAACUAA